CCGCAAAAUGGUGCAGAGAUUGACUUUGAGGAGGCGUCUGUCCUACAACACGCGCUCAAACAAGAGGCGCAUUGUGCGCACUCCCGGCGGCCGUCUGGUUUACCAGUAUGUGAAGAAGAACAAGACCGUUCCACGCUGCGGUCAGUGCAAGGAGAAACUUAAGGGCAUCACCCCAUCCCGGCCCAGCGAGCGCCCACGCAUGUCCAAGCGCCUCAAGACCGUGGCCCGCACCUACGGCGGUGUCCUGUGCCAUGGCUGCCUGCGCGAGCGCAUUGUGCGCGCCUUUCUCAUCGAGGAGCAGAAGAUUGUCAAGGCCCUGAAGAGUCAGCGCGAGGCACUUGUCAAGCCAGUCAAGAAGGUCGAGGUCAAGAAGCCCACAAAGGCUGCCGCCACAAAGAAGCCCGUUGGCAAGACCGCAGGCAAAUCUGGCGUGAAGGCCGCCGGCAAGAAACCCACUCCCAAAGCCGCCGUCAAGCCCAAGAAGUAGAUUGAUACUUUUGGGAACUUGUGUGAAACACUUAUUUUGGACGUGAAAACAUUUUGUAAUAAAGAAAAUACAAACUGGAA